AGAGGCUGGAGGUCAGGGGCGCUGGGCCCUGAUGCCAGCCCUUCCCUGACUUGGCCCAUUUAGGUCAAGGUCUGGGUCUACUUUGUCUCUGCAGAGCUGAGGACCCUGUGUGUGUGGUCAGCCCGGCCUGGACGUACAGGGAGAUGCUGGUGGCACAGUGACUGAGGCCUGGCUGCUGGAGCUGUGCAGACCCCGUGUUGCCCAUGGGACUGCAGGCGUGGGGGCCUCUCCCCAGCUAGAGGCCUAGGCCCACAGUGGAGGCGUCAGGAGACAGAUGCCCCCUGGGGCCUCCUGAGAGGCCCUGUAGGCGUGUGUGCCAAGGGUAGAGGAUGCCGGCCAAGGGGUGCUACUCCCUCAACGAGGGUGAGGAGGUUCCGGACCACGAUGUACUCUAUGAGAGGUACCGGCUCACCAGCCAGCACGGGCCGCUGCUGCUCACGCUCCUGUUGGUGGCCAUCUCUGCCUGCAUUGCCCUCAUCGUCAUCACCUUCAGCCACGGGGACCCCUCCAAACGGCAGGCCGUCCUGGGCACGGCGUUCCUGACUCUCGCUGUGUUUGUGGCUCUCUACGUGCUGGUGUGUGCUGAGUGCCUCCUGCGGCGCUGGCUCAGUGCCUGGGCGCUGCUGGCCUGGGCCUGCCUGCUGGCCCUGGGCUAUGUGCUGGUGCUCGACUCAUGGAUGAAGAAGGCCUGUGCGUGGGAGCAGGUGCCCUUCUUCCUGUUCAUCAUCUUCGUGGCGUACACGCUCCUGCCCUUCAGCAUGCGGGGAGCCAUCGCCGUGGGGGCCAUCUCCACCGCCUCCCACCUCCUGGUACUUGGCAUUCUGAUGGGGGCCUUCAUGACACCCAGCAUCCAGGUGGGACUGCAGCUGUUGGCCAAUGCUGUCAUCUUCCUGUGUGGAAACCUUACGGGCGCCUUCCACAAGCACCAGAUGCAGGACGCCGCCAGGGACCUCUUCACCCACACCGUGAAAUGCAUCCAGACCCGCCGGAAGCUGCGCAUUGAGAAGCGCCAGCAGGAGAAUCUGCUGCUGUCUGUGCUGCCAGCCCACAUCUCCAUGGGCAUGAAGCUGGCCAUCAUUGAGCGGCUCAAGGAGCACAGGGACCGCCGCUACAUGCCUGACAACAACUUCCACAGCCUCUAUGUCAAGCGGCAUCAGAAUGUCAGCAUCCUCUACGCAGACAUCGUGGGCUUCACACAGCUGGCCAGCGACUGCUCGCCCAAGGAACUGGUGGUGGUGCUGAAUGAGCUCUUCGGCAAGUUUGACCAGAUCGCCAAGGCUAACGAGUGCAUGCGGAUCAAGAUCCUGGGUGACUGCUACUACUGUGUGUCAGGCCUGCCCGUGUCUCUGCCCACACACGCCCGGAACUGUGUGAAGAUGGGGCUGGACAUGUGUGAAGCCAUCAAGCAGGUGCGAGAGGCCACAGGUGUGGACAUCAACAUGCGUGUGGGCAUCCACUCAGGGAACGUGCUGUGUGGUGUCAUCGGGCUGCGUAAAUGGCAGUAUGACGUGUGGUCCCACGACGUGUCCUUGGCCAACAGGAUGGAGGCAGCCGGAGUGCCUGGCCGGGUGCACAUCACAGAGGCGACGCUGAACCACCUGGACAAGGCAUAUGAGGUGGAGGACGGGCACGGGCAGCAGCGGGACCCCUACCUGAAGGAGAUGAACAUCCGUACCUACCUGGUCAUCGACCCCCGGAGUAAGCAGCCAGCCUUGCCCAGCCAGCACCUGCCCAGGCCCAAGGGGGAUGCUGCGGCCCUGAAGAUGCGGGCAUCUGUCCGCAUGACGCGCUACCUCGAGUCCUGGGGGGCCGCGCGACCCUUCGCGCAUCUCAACCACCGUGCGAGCGUGAGCAGCAGUGAGACCCCCGUUCUCAAUGGACAGAGGCCCAAGGCCAUUCCCCUGCGGCACCGCCGGGCCCCUGACCGGAGUGCAUCCCCCAAGGGGCGGUCGGAGGACGACUUGUAUGAUGACGAGAUGCUGUCGGCCAUCGAGGGGCUCAGCUCUACAAGGCCCUGCUGCUCCAAGUCUGAUGACUUCCACACCUUCGGGUCCAUUUUCCUGGAGAAAGGCUUCGAGCGAGAGGUGAGUCCUGGGCAGCCAGUGUGGGGGCCAUGGGCAUGGCCGGUAGGGGGAUAUGUGGCCUUGACCCAGAGAAUUGGGGUGAUGGGGGCCCAGGUAGAUGACACCCAGAACUUAGAUUUUCUCUUCCUCUCUAGGAUAAUGGCUCUAGGCGUGUCCUUCGGGCUGGUGGCCUGCAUGCUGGGACUGGUGCUGGGCCUGUGCUUUGCCAGUGAACUCUUGCGGUGCUGUCCAGCCCGGGGAGUGCUUCGGGUCAUCUCUCAGAGGGUGGAGACACAGCCCCUGCUGAGGCUGUCCCUGGCCGUCCUGACCAUCAGCAGUGUGCUCACUGUCGCCAUCAUCAACCUGCCACUGACACCUUUCUCCACCCUGGAGAUGCCUGGUGGCAACCAGACGACCCUGCUGGAUGAGGGCAGUGGGGAGAGGGCCCUGUGUGAGCGCCUCCUCUCGUAUUAUACCUGCAGCUGUGUCCUGGGCCUCUUCACCUGUUCUGUCUUCCUGCGCAUGAGCCUGGAGCCCAAGGUCGUGCUGUUGACUGUGGCGCUGGUGGCCUACCUUGUGCUCUUCAACCUGUCCCCAUGCUGGCAGUGGGACUGCUGUGGCCACGUUCUGGGGAACCUCACCAACACUAGCCACACCCUCAGUGGUGUCCCCAGCUGUUCCUGGAAGGAUCUGAAGACCAUGAUCAAUUUCUACCUGGUCCUGUUCUAUGCCACCCUCCUCAUGCUCUCCAGACAGAUUGACUAUCACUGCCGCUUGGACUGUCUAUGGAAGAAGAAAUUCAGGAAGGAGCAUGAGGAGUUUGAAACCAUGGAGAAUGUGAACCGCCUCCUUCUAGAGAAUGUCCUGCCAGCCCACGUGGCAGCUCACUUCAUUGGUGACAAGUUAAAUGAGGACUGGUACCAUCAGUCCUACGACUGCGUUUGUGUCAUGUUCGCCUCGGUGCCCGACUUCAAAGUGUUCUACACGGAGUGCGACAUCAACAAGGAGGGGCUGGAGUGCCUGCGCCUGCUCAACGAGAUCAUCGCAGACUUUGAUGAGUUGCUGCUGAAGCCCAAGUUCAGCGGUGUGGAGAAGAUCAAGACCAUUGGCAGCACAUACAUGGCCGCUGCAGGGCUCAGCGCCACCCCAGGGCACGAGAACCAGGCCCUGGAGCGGCAGCACGCCCACAUCGGCGUCAUGGUGGAGUUCAGCACUGCCCUGAUGAGCAAGCUGGACGGCAUCAACAGGCACUCCUUCAACUCCUUCCGCCUCCGAGUCGGCAUAAACCAUGGGCCUGUGAUUGCUGGAGUGAUUGGGGCUCGAAAGCCUCAGUACGACAUCUGGGGCAACACAGUCAAUGUGGCCAGCCGAAUGGAGAGCACUGGGGAACUUGGGAAAAUCCAGGUUACUGAGGAGACAUGCACCAUCCUCCAGGGCCUAGGUUACUCUUGUGAAUGUCGUGGGCUAAUUAACGUCAAAGGCAAAGGUGAACUUAGGACUUACUUUGUCUGUACGGACACUGCCAAGUUUCAAGGGCUGGGGCUGAACUGAGGGUUUCUGCUGGGCUCAUAACAAGCUGGGAAGCUGGUUUCCUUCCCUGAAGCAAGCCCAGGAGAAGACAGCCCCACGUCAGUGACAAAGGCACUCAGAGGGCGUGGCCAUUGCCACCUCUGGGCAGGUGGCUGUGUGGAGCUCCUCUGGACUUGGGCUAGAGGAUUUGUUGGACCUGCACAUCUGACCCUGGCGAGAGGCGACUACUGAGCGGUGAUACACAGUGGCAGCCAGAAUCUCUGGUGGCGGAGAGGGCUCGUGGGUGCAACCGCUGUACUUGUUACCUUGAGAUCUUUGCUCCCUGAGGGACUGUGGAGGCGUCUUAGAACACGACCAAAACAGACGUCUACAUCAGUGGCCCGUGAGCAUGUCCAGGAGAGGCCUGCUCAGUGGGCGCAGAGGCAGACUGUGCUGACUGCAUGCAGGUGCCCUUCUCCCUAGCAGGCCGGGCUGGGGGAUUCUGUUUCUCACAUAGGCAUUCUGGCAAAUGGAACUGGAAAGGAUUCUACAUCUGUAAUGGUUUCUAACAGUACAGAGAGAGAAAGAUGAACAUCAUUACUUCUUGUCGUCUCUGGCCUGUUUGUCUUAAAUGGAGACAUUAGUAAUGGGGUUUUGUUCUUUCUGAUGGCUUCUCAGGACACUAGACAGUCUCUUCCUCCAGUGUAUUCUUUGCCUUUCUAACCACUGACAGGUGAGCAGCACUGCUGUGAGGGUGGAGUCUGAGGCCUGUGGCUCACAGUGAGAAGGGCAGGGGCAGUGUGGCCACAGUGCUACACUAGGUGACUGAGGCAGCACUCGGGUCAGGUUCAGUAUGUGAAAGCCUGGAGGUAAGUGGCGACCUCUUAGCUCUGCCCUGACUGCUCAGGCAGUUUUGAGCCCCCUGCAAUCUUCCAAGUAUCUGUAAAUGGUUUCAAACAUUAGAGAAUAGAUGAACAUGUAUUACAUUCCAAGCAUGUCUUUCAGUUUUACUGGACAGGAAUGGAAUCGACAGAGAACUUGAACCACCUGUUCGUACUUCCUUCCUAGUUUUUAGUCUUUGCUGCUAACUCUGGAGAGCUUAAAACUAGAAGGACCCACUCAGUGUGAGCACACGUGAAGGUUCCUGUACUUGGGAAGCUGGUCCUCUUACAAGUGCCGAUGUUCUUGUUUUAAAUCCAAAUGCGUCAAGGCAGAUACAAAGCCAGGCGGUAAGACGGCCCCUCACCCUGCUUCAGACUCCACAGGGAACGGGAAGAUGCCAGCCUGUUUCAAGGUGCUACCAAGCUACGCAUUCUUUUUCUGAACUGAUGAGACCACUGGUGUAACUUCCAGCUGUGACGUCAGCAGAGUGUCCCCAGGAUUCCUAAUACAACAUGCCUCCCUGUGUAGGAGGGAUUCUUAGCCAGACAUCACCCAUGAAGUUACACAGAAAACCCUGCACCCAAGAGCCUCCAAAGACCAUGGAGGGCUGCAGACUGUGACUGACCAGGUCCUGGUCCUUGUCUACCUGGACUCAGGAGGUCCUGAGAAGGGUUGCUAUCCCAGAUUUGUCAGCUCAGGGAGGUGGGUUGACCGAUCUGCGUGAAGGUGCCGGGUGCAGCAGUAGCAGCGGCCCUGCUGUGCUGCCUGUUAACUGGAGGUCAGUCUUGAGAGCUCGCCAUGUAAAGGAAUUUAAUGGUAAAAAUGCUGAUAAGGGAAAUAAGCCUCACUUAUCUGCCCUUUUCAUACACCUUUUCACGUAAAGAGCUGAUUUCAGUGAGUACACUACUGAAAUCUGUGCUCUCAAAAUCUAGGGGUGCCCAGGCUCCCGGGGCUCCCCUGAAGUCAGGAAGGCUCUGUUGCUGAUGUGACACAGGUGGGUCCGGGCACAGGGCUGCUGAAGUCGGCGUGUUUUGUCUCUACCCCUGCAGUUAUUUAAGUUGCCCUUUCCUUCAGUAACAGAAAUCCCAGUUGGGAGAUUUAAAAGAUGAUUGGUUACCAUUCAUCUGUUUUUCUUUAUUUCCAACCAAAGCACUGUGCUCAGAUAGAAGUAUUUUAAGCUUUUAGUUAUCAGUGUUUAGGUCACAGUGUGUAACAGACCAUAACAAUCACCUGCAGUUAUUUAUUUACAAAUCUGUUUUCAAAUUAUCAAGUAAAUUUUUCACUGUUUUGUUUUAUGAAAGAAACAAGUAUUUUCUAACAAUGACCUUCUCUAUGGGUCAAGGACUUAAAAUUUCCCCUACAGUGACCACUGACUGGCAAAUGUAAUACCUGAAGUUUUCUGGUUUACUUAUUAAGAAAAUUUCCUAAUAGAAAAGAUGAUCAUUAACCACUGUAUACUUUAUGUAUAUAACAGGUCAGCAUACAGAAAACAUACAAGUAAGUAGAGUUUAUUCUGUACACUGAGAUCUAUAAU